GCUACACUCAAGUUCGAUGGUGUGAUCUACAGUAAGGCGUCUACACACUUGGGCAACAGCCAGAUUUUCUUCUAUCCUCGUGGAGAUCGGUCGUUAACCCCUGUCGCCGCCAGCAUCAAAUACAUUUAUAGUACGCUGACAGGAGAAUUAUUGUUUGCUGUACAGCGACAUAUCCUGCUAGAUCACCAUAUCAUCGAUCCCUUCUCAAUGUACCCUGAUUUUCCGGCGAAAUUGUACUCGACGGACUUCGAAACCCGCCUUGAAAAUGCCAAGGUGUCAUGGGUCGUUAGUCACUUUGCGCGAUGGAGGGUUUCUGACUGUCAUGCUGUGAUCCUAUUCUUAUCUCAUGACUGA